CGGAAAUAUAAGGCAUCCCAACUGGCCCAAACAACAACACGGAGAGAUAACGUUGUACACUAUACUUGUCCUGUUCUUGUUUACUGGUGGUUAUAAGUGGCCGGUGAGUCUCUAGCCCUCUCCCCUCGCAUGGGUGAGUAAGUGGUGUGCAGAAGGAAGAGGUUCCACCACCCCUGCCACUUCCACCGCCGCCACCACCGUCACCGCCAUGCCACAGCGGAGGAAGGACUGUGGCUUCCACCACAGCCCCUCACACCGGGGUCGUGGCCAUGGGAGGAACACCACACCACCUCCCCCGGGGCCCCUGCCAGACCACCAGAUCACCGACGAGCUCACUGAGAACAGCAGCGAUGGGGAGGACAACACCAGCACCACCAGCACCACCAAGACCACCCCAAGGGACCUUCUGGAUGGCACCACUCGGCAGCACCCACUUGGCACACCCCCAGGCACUGCACACACCCCGCCAGCACCCCACACGUCACCCCACUCGUCAGGGCAAACACAGUGCCGACUCAGACCAAAUAUGAGUCCACCAAAGGAAAGCAAACAAAUGCCACCAGAGGAAGGCUUAGAGCAGGCCAAGCACCACCAGGGGGCAACACCAGCCUUGCUAAUCCUUGUCGUUCUCCUGGUGCUAGUCGGCAUCUACUCCUUACACCAGGCGGUCAGUAAAGCAGAGGAGGAGAAGAUGAAACGCCCCCCAAAACUCAUAGCUGAUGUUUACGCGGACUUGAAACUUGAGCUGCAGAGUUUAAGUAGGGAAUUCAGCCAGCCCAGGGAGGUUUGGUUGGGGCUCCUGGGUCAGCUGGAGGCCGUCAUGGUGGAAAAGCCCCUACAGCCGGCAAUAAUACUGUUUGUUGUGCCAGAUGACUCCCGUGGUGUGGCAACUUGCUUGGUGCACAGACUGGCUAGGGCGGUGCAGUUUGCCUUUGAAGACUCGCAGUUCGUGAUGUUCGACACACGCAGCAGUGAGUACCUGGACACCAGCGCCCUCCUGAAGGUGGAGCUGGACGAGAGCCUGAAGGGGCUGGACCGGGCACAUGCUGCAGUAGUGCACAACAUUGAGAGCAUCCCGGGCCCUGCUGCCAUGAUCCUCCACGCCUACUGUGACAACGAGAAUGCCCCUUAUAAGCAGGCUGUGCUGUUCCUGCUGGUGGAUGUCCCUGGCACUUACAAUGACCUUGGGUACUCCCGGCGCCUCGACUCCCUGGUGGACGCUCACCUGGGGCGGCUCUGGGGGGCGGGGCUGGAAGAGAAGGACGUGUCAGCCCUCAUUUCCCGGACCUGCAACACACCUGUCCUCAUCCGACCUGAGAAGCCGGAUAGGGUGCUGGAACUGUGCCCUUUGUAAUGGUGGUGAUGGUGGUGUGUGAGGGUUGGAGGGUGAUGGGUUGUUAAGUUGUGUGUGUGUGUGUGUAGUAGUGCUAGUGGUAGUAUUAAUUUAACUGUGUGGGUGUUUGAGGGAGUGAGACCAAGAGGGAGGCUGUGGUGUGUGUGUGUGUGUGUGUGUGGCAGUACAGUCAGGUUGCCACUAGUGUAAAGGAAGCUUCCAGUAAUAUCCCUUGUUAGGUGUGACUCAUCUCGGUCAUAACAGAAACAAUGCCACAACAUUACUACAGCUGCAGUGUGGCUGAGAGAAACACCCAAAGAAAUGAAAACAAAACACAUCAAGACUACAAGACUCAACAUUACUCCAUAUCUAUAACUGAAGAUAACAAGCACACAGGACUUCAUAAAACAUCAAAAGGCCAAUGAAUAAAUAAAAACGAGCACAUUAAGUCAUUCAAGUCACAGGGCCGUUGUUUACAUAGCAGAUAAAUACUCUCUUCAUAUCUUAACACCUGCAGCUAUUUUACAUCCCUGACUAAACUACUUCAUUAACUUAAGACCUGUAAACACCAUCAAAGGCAAAUUCUGACUGGAUUAGCAGUACAGUACACAAACAGUCACUGAAAACAACAACAAUUCAUUAUUUACACUGAGCUAAAGGUUCUCACUGUUUAUAUCACUCCUACCAUCUAUAUUUGUGUGUGUGUGUGUGUGUGUGUGUGUGUGUGUGUGUGUGUGAGAAGGAGAAAGAACUGUACAGAUAAUCAGGUGAUGUAAUAUUUCAAGAUCAGAAUUCAUAAGUCUGUCCAAAAUGUAAAGAAAAUGUUAUGAACAGAAAAUGUGCCAAGAAAUAAGUGUAGAGAGGAGGAAGGAAGGAAAGAAAGGAGAUAGAAGAGAUUAAUGGGAAGGAAGGGUGAAUAGGGGGGAAGGAAAGAAGAUAGGGAUGAUGAAUGAGAAGGAAAGAAAGAAGGAAGAAAUGAGGAGUUAGAAGGAAGAAAACAAGGAAAAUGAAAUAAAAGAAAAGAGAGAGGGAGUGAAAGAGAUAAUUUCAGAUUACUAUUACUGUAUUUAACUAUUUUUAUACAAAUGAAAAUAAUUAUUGGCAUUUUUACAUAAAUUUCUUUAUAUAAUUUUCAUAGGUGGGCGUUAUCACAAUAAAUUAUCACGACAACAA